AUGCCGCAGGACUGUGCAGAACCGGUCAAUGAAAUAGUCCGAGAGAAUUGCAGAAUUGGACACCCAGCCAACGAGUGGGACAUCAAUGCAGCAGGUUCCAGCUUGAUCCAGGGCUUUGCUACUCAGAGUAGCUAUGCUGUUGGUGAGGAGGUGCUGUUCAAGGUCAAGACCACGUCUCGACAGUAUCGCUUUGAUAUAUACCGCCUUGGAUGGUAUAAUGGGUUGGGGGCGCGCCGCGUUACCACCCUCGAGCCCUCUGCCAACCUUCCACAGGAGCAGCCGGAAUGUUACAAGGAUGAUGCAACAUUUUUGGUGGAUUGUGGGAACUGGGCGGUGAGCGGGACAUGGUCUAUCCCGCACGACUCCGUGCCUGGCAUCUACUUCGCGCGGCUUGUCAUGGAAGACCCACCAUCACAUUGGCGCACAGAUGCCAGCGAGAUAAUGCCAAGUCCGAAAUUUGCAAAUCGAAAUUGGGACUAUCGUGAAAUGCCUCCUUGCGGCAUGGAAGACUGCCCCAGUAUGGCACAUGCCUAUGGAGCGCAGCGACACCGAUCUGGUCAGAUGCUGCGCAACGCAUUGAAGGAGCCUCACGCAUCGCAUGUUUACUUCGUGGUUCGUCAAGAUGCGCGGAAGACGGAUAUCUUGCUUCAAACCAUCGACACGACUUGGCGAGCGUACAAUAAUUAUGCUGCACCCUCCACGUAUGGUGUCCUUCCACUACCGCGACACAAUAUGAGUAUGCCAGAAUCGUGGCAAAAUCGGAGGGCCUACAAAGUUUCCUACAACGCACCUCUGGUGACCCGGGAUACCCGUGCUGUCAAUACGCUCUUCAACGCUGAGCUGCCUGCUGUCCGAUGGCUGGAACGCAGGGGCUACGACAUCCAAUACUGGACUGGGGUGGAUGCACAUGCUCGUGGUGGGGAGAUCCCCAAACGGGCCCGAGUGUAUGUAUCUGUAGGUCAUGAUGAGUACUGGUCUGGGGAGCAGAGGCGUCAUGUGGAAGCCGCACGAGAUGCAGGUGUUCAUCUUCAUUUCUGGAGCGGCAAUGAAGUCUACUGGAAAGUUCGCUGGGAAGCGUCUCCCGUCACUGGUGAACCUAUGAGAACCAUGGUGGUGUACAAGGAAUCACAAGAAUCCUUCAAGAUAGAUCCGGAGAAGGGGCAGUGGACAGGAACCUUCCGAGACAGCAAGAGCUUCAACCCGGAAGGUGCCAAUCCUGAGAAUUCCUUGACGGGAACCAUCUUUACCGUCAACGCAUGGCGCCAUGAUGCGCUGGAAAUCCCCGGCGCCUAUGCCAAGCUGCGAGUUUGGCGCCAUACUGAUGUGGCCUCGCUCAACUUGACCCAGAAGGCGGUGCUCUUGAAAGGGCUCUUGGGCCAUGAGUGGGAUGAGGAUUUGGACAAUGGCUUCCGGCCGGAAGGCAUGAUCCGCCUCAGCGAGACCAAGGUGGACAACGUGCAGGCAAUCGUGGAUCAUGGUGCCUGCUUUGACUCCGGCAGUGCCACACACCACUUAACUUUGUACAAAGCCAAGAGCGGUGCCCUGGUGUUCGGUGCAGGCACAGUGCAGUGGGCUUGGGGCCUCGACAACUUCCAUGAUGCUGUCACGGGCAUGAACAAUAUGUGGGAAAGCGAGUACAACACUCGCAUAGGCGUGGAUCCCUCCGGUCCUGAUCCAGCAGUUCAACAGGCCACCUUGAACCUAUUUGCAGAUAUGGGCGUGCACGCCCCGAUCUUGGGGGAGAGCCUGGUGCGCCCCUCUGAGUCUACAGACCAGGAUCCGCCGGUUGUCUCAUCGGUCUCUUUGAUGACGCAGGACCAAAAACAACCUCGCGGCCUACUCGUUGUGCAGGGCAAGGAUGCAGCUGGGGAAGUGGCAGCUGUGGAGUGGUCCUCUGAUCGCAGACACUGGCACCCGAUGAAGCGGCAUCUUCUUGAGUCAAGUCGGUGGGUUCUGGACGUCCCAUCAGACGGAGGAGAUCUUUGGUUCCGCGCAGUUGAUGACUCCCUGAACAUCGGGAAGGAGCACCGCUGGAAGGCGACAGUGGAGCUGUAA